AUGAAACUUUUCCUGACAUUUUUUGCGUUUUGCAGCGCGAUAACACAGUCAACUUCAGCGAUCGGGGAUGACAAUGAGUGCAAGGAUAGUGACUCGAAUGAUGCGAAAAGAAGAUGCGAGAUCAACUGCAUUAGUGAGGAUGUCAAAGGAGUAAUUGCCUGCAAAGAAUCCUGCAUUUUUGGGGCUGAAGACUAUUACGAGUGCCUGGAAAGCUGCGAGGCCGACUUUGAAUCUUGCCAACGAAACUGCCCUUGUGUCCCUGACGGACCCUGCCCCGGCGGCUGCGAUGAAAACUGCCAGUCAAAAUUUUGCAAGAAACCGAAGGAGUGCGAAAGUCCUCAGAAUGACGCUGAUCUGAAGCGAUGCAUGAAAACUGUUGCCGAUACAACUGUUCAGUGCUUUGAGGAUAACGACUGCAGCAACGCUCUCACGGGUCUGGAAUGCUACGAUGAGUGUCUUGAUGCUCACUACACCGAUCCAGCGAACCAAUGUCUUUGCGAAGCGGGUUGUGAGACUGCCAAAGACUUUGAAUGCAUUCGAACCUUGAAACCAAAGAAGGUCCUCGGCGGGGUUACUUGCCAAUCUCGAGAAGACAAUCAGCCAAUAGAAGACAGAAUCGUAAUGAUCAACAAUCCGAACGGAAAUGCAACAUUCGGAGAUGCCGAAGAAAUUUCCCAAAAAUCCGUCCCUUGGAAUGUUCGAAUCGAGUUUACUGAAGACGGCUCGAGUUUUUGCAGUGGCUCAAUUUUGACUGAAAAUCCAAGUGGCGAAAAAGACUACAUUCUUACUGCAGAUCAUUGCUGUGAUUCGAUGAAGGAUCGGCUAAAGCUCGGUCAGCCUACGAAAAUAAUUGCUUGUGAUGCAAACAGAGAAGCUCAAGAUGAAACGAAUGAAUUUUCCGUUGAAGCAGGGGAGAGUUUUACUAUCCAGGAAAAUGGCAAAGUUGGAGAUUCCUGCUUGAUCGAAGUCCCCAAUUUGAGCGACGCGGCGGAACAAUCACCUUAUUAUGAUUCGACAAUGGAGAAGUGCUUUCAGCCGAUUUGCCUUGCAAGUGAACCGCCAAAACUUGGAACGAUGUGCCAUAUUGCUGGCUGGGGAGUCACAGAUACUCAGGAUCGGACUUGA